AUGGACGAAUUACUCCAGCAGCUCCUCUCCUCACCACCGCCCCCCGGGGCGGACCGUCGCCACGGGAGGCCAGACGCCACGGACCCGGUGGCCCUGGGAUACCUCUCCAGCCUGGCCUCCCUGCCCCUCUCUGCCAUCGAGUCCUCGGAGCAGCAGUCCCUGGCCCAGUCGUCGCACACGCUUCUUCUCUCCUUGCAGGCCCUCUCGAAGCGCUCGCACAAAUCCAUCAUCGAGUCCGCCUCGCACCAUGGGAACCUCAAGACCGCCUUGCCGGCUCUGGCCACUUCGACCGGCGAUCUCAAGACGGCAAUCCCCAAGCUGGACAGUGAGGCCGUCCACUUCUCCACCACGUACCACAAGUCGGCCGAGAACGAGACCCUGAACACCCGCAAGAAGGCACUGCUCCUGUCCAGGAACGUCGAGCGGCUGGAGGACGUCCUGCACCUGCCCACCCUGCUCACGUCGGCCAUCACCUCCGGCUCGACCGCCGCCACAGCCAACUACGCCUCCGCCUUGGACCUGAACGGGCACAUUAGACGCCUACACGCCCUAUACCCAGAGUCGUGCCUCGUCGGCACCGUCUCUGCGCAGUCUGGCGACGCCAUGCGGACCAUGGCCAUGAACCUGGUAUCGAGUCUGCGCACGCCGGGCCUGAAGCUGGCAUCCGCCCUGAGGACCAUCAGCUGGCUUCGCCGCGUCGUUCCGGACUUGGACCCGGACGGCGUCGCCGGGAACGGCGGCGGUCUCGGCGCCCUGUUCCUCGUCUGCCGCCUGGCCACCCUGAUGAACCUGCUGGCCGCCCUCGAACCGCUUCGAGACCUGGCCGACCAAGAGAAGGCGCGGCAACAGCAAAGCGCAGGCGCAGGCGCAGGCUCCUGGUCCGGCGGUCAGCAGACUGAGAGAUACCUCAAGAGAUACAUUGAGAUCUUCCGUGAGCAAAGCUUUGCCAUCGUCUCCAUGUUCAAGAGUAUAUUUCCCUCGCCGACCGGCCAGACGAAAACCCAGGACGGCACGGACGCAGACCCCCUCCAGCCCGUGCCGUCGGCUCUCUCGACCUUCCCACUCCACCUCGUGGAGAUGCUGAUGGAGACAUUGAGGAUAUAUCUGCCGUGCGUUCAAGACCAAGCGUCGAGAGAAAGUCUACUGACCCAGGUGCUAUAUUGUGCCGGUAGCCUGGGCCGGCUGGGUGGGGAUUUUGGUGUCCUCCUUGCAAGCCUGGAUAUUGGCGAGGACGCAGAGGCUGAAUGGGUUGAAGUGGUCAAGCGCCACCGGGUCAUGGCUGGUCGCCUGGAGUCAAUAGUAGGGCAGAAAGAUCGAAGGAGCUCCGAGGUGUCGGUGAAAGCAUAG